AUGAAUUCCUCCUCAUUUGUCAGUUUCAUCCUCAUCCGUGGCUCAGUGAGCAGAGAGCAGUAUAUCUAUCUAGACAAUAUCUUUGGUAUGGUCAAGGCAGUUGGGGAGCCUACAGCUGCUGUUUGUCUCGCUCUCAGCGCGAUCGUUUUUCUGCUGGACCGGAAGCGGAACGCAACCACUUUAUAUCUAGUGGCCUUGAACUUUGCCGAAUCGUUCAACAUGACGAUGUUGUCUGUGUACCAACUGUGCAAGAUAACACCAGGCUGUAACCAGCGCCCAGCGUACCACUAUGCGAAUUUUUGGCUCGGUUCUUACGUAGGUAUCUCGUGUCGCCGAAGUGUCCAAGUCCUGAACUGCCUCGUUGCUACCCAAAGAUUUAUAGCUAUCGCCUUUCCCCUUAGAGCCAAGACAUCCUUCUUGCUGAACCACCCCACCUUAACAUCGCUUUGUGUACUGUUGGUUUCUCUGAGUUUUCACAGCUACAUGGCCUUUAUGUACGAUGUGGGCCCAAGCGGUGCGAGGUUGAGUGGUCUGGCCAUAAGAAAUUAUCCCCUCUUUCGUGACUUGCAACACUCCAUCAUGUACCUCUUCAUGCACCUUUCUCUCGUUCUCACAGCUGCCGCCAACAUCGGUACCACUGUCACACUCGUCCUACACAAACGUAAAAUGCGCGGCGUACGCAACACCCAGAAAACAAGCGGAGCUCGAGAGAAGAACGAACGGUCCAUGACCAUCAUGGUUCUUGUGUGCACAGCCCUGUUUGUGGUUAUGUACCUACCAGUCAGUACAAAUCAAACGGUCGCUGACUUCGUUUCGGACUACGGCAUGGGUACUCGAGAGCACUACCUGUUCUUCCUCAUGAACUCUGCUUUCAUGAUGUGUCAAGUUCUUGCUGCCCAGUUCGUCUUUGUCUGCUACCUCACUCUCAACUCCAGCUUCAGGAAGAAUUUAGUCAUAAUUCUGUUCACCAUCUUCUGCCCUCUCCCCAAGUGCCGCUUGUGCGUUUUGGCGUCGAUCACCAACAAGAAGAAUGGACCUAAGCGCCCAGACAUUCCGAAAAAUCGUUAG